AUGACUUAUAGCUUCACUUGUCACUCUGAUCCAUCUGGAAAUCAUAGCUGCGGAGUAUUAAGAUUUGAAAAUGUUACGAUCAUGGUAGAUCCCGCUUGGGAAGGCAGAGGCUCUUGGUCAAGUGAACAAAUAGACUUUUGGGGCGAGCUGGUAGCUCAGGCAGACAUAAUUUUGCUUUCGCAGCCGACCGCCGAAUUUCUUGGUGCUUACGCAAUGCUGUAUUUCAAAUUUUUAGGGCACUUCAAGACAAGAAUCGCUGUAUUCGCUACUUUACCGGUUGCGAACUUAGGUCGAGUGACAACCCUAGACCUUUACGCGUCUCAAGGCUUAGUGGGUCCAGUGCAGACUAACGCAUUGGAUUUAAAUGAUAUUGAAGAAGCCUUCGAUCAUGUCAUCACGGUUAAACAUUCACAAAUCUUGGACCUCAAAUCGAAAUAUGAUGGCCUUACUGUCAUCCCCUAUAGCUCAGGCUAUGCUCCUGGUGGCUCUAUAUUCUGCAUUACAACCUACUCUGACAAAAUAAUUUAUGCUCCUCGGUGGAACCAUACUAAGGAUACAAUUCUGAAUAGCGCGGCUGUGCUGAAUUCGUCAGGAAAGCCUACGCCCUCGAUGAUGAGGCCGUCAGCAGUGGUAACGACAACGGCUAGAAUUGGCUCUUCAGUGCCUUACAAAAAGAGGGCCGCACGAUUCAAGGAGCUUUUGAGAGAAGCUCUCCCUAAAAAUGGAACUGCAAUUAUCCCAACAGACAUUGGAGGAAAGUUCUUAGACUUACUCGUACUUGUACAUGAUUACCUUUACGAGAUGAAACAAAACAGAAACCAAAGUGACGUAUCAGUGCUACUGGUAUCUUAUUCUCGAGGCCGGACUUUAACAUACGCAAGAAGUAUGCUCGAAUGGCUUUCUCCGUCCAUUGUAAAAGUUUGGGAGGGCAGGAACAACAGAUCGCCUUUUGAUUUUGGGUCACGUCUUAAGAUUGUUUCGCCCGAAGAGCUGAAAAGAUACUCGGGCUCAAAAAUAUGUUUUGUGUCUAGGGUUGACAGGCUCAUUAAUGCAGUGGUUCAAACACUCUGUUCGAGCGAAAGAACCACCGUCAUCUUAACAGAGCCUUUAGUACUGCAGAGCGAGUCUUCAAAAGUUUUGGCUGCAAUGCAUUCAAAAUGGGCCAGGGCCAACAAGGCUCAAGAUAGCAGGGCUUUGAAUAAUAGACAUGUGAGCUACUCCGAAAAUGUGGCUAUUCAAACCGCUAAAACUGAGCCCCUUAAGUCUCAAGAUUUACAAGAGUUUGAAAGUAAGAUCGAAAUUCGAAGAAGGGAGCACAAGGAUUUGCUUUCAAAGCUUGAAACUGAAACUGCGGUGGUGGGAGAUAUGUCAAGCAAUGGAGGUAUGCUCGAUGUUGCUGAAGAAGAGGAAGAUGAGGAUGACAUUCCAGACUUUAUCACAGCGGUGAAUCGAAAAAGCAGUAGAUCAGUUACAAAGCCAAUCGAGAUACCUGUUGACAUUCACAUACAGUCAGACGCGCAACCACGGCACAAAAUGUUUCCUUUCCACGCAAUGAAGGUGAAGAAAGAUGACUAUGGAGAUGUUGUUGAUUUUACGCAGUUCAUUCCAAAGGAUCAGUUGGAGAAUAGCGACAAAAGAAAUUCAUCUAGCGCACUAGACGAGGAAGAUGAUCCAUACGAACUGGAGCUGGCCUCUUCUAAACCAACAAAAAAGAGGCGCGGCGGUGGUGCUACAAACUCCAAGAGUAAAGAAGAAAAUUUUGAUGACGUAUCAUAUCUCGAUUCGCUCAACAAGCCAUACCGAAGGAUUUUAAGUAGCUCGGUUGCUACUCUAAAGUGCUACGUUGCAGCAAUAGACCUUUCAAGUUUGGUUGAUCAGCGGUCGCUAUCAGUAAUAUGGCCUUCUCUUAAGCCACAUAACGUGCUUUUAAUGCCUCCUCAAGAUUCUCAAAAUGCCGCUGCCUUGAAAGCAUUGUCCGGAAAAAACCUAGACGUGAUAAGCAUGAGUUUUGGCAGCCCUGCAAAGUUUGAUACCGUAAUCAGAUCCUUCGAUGUCUCUAUAGACCCAGACUUGGACCAACACAUAAAAUGGCAAAGCGUUAGUGACGGAUACACCAUUGCGCAUGUGGUUGGAAGGCUUGUGCGCGACGCAACCCAAGUUGCUGAAAAUCAGCAGCAACGCAUAAAAUGGGCUCUAAAGCCGUUGUCCAAUAAUUCCAAAUUUCACCCGAAGACCUCUCUGGCAAUUGGGGAUGUCAAAUUGGGUGAGCUAAAGCGUAAAUUGACCCACAAAAACCAUGUCGCAGAAUUCAAGGGAGAGGGAUCGCUAGUGGUGGACGGGAAAGUUGUUGUAAGAAAAAUAAGCGAUGGAGAGACCGUGGUAGACGGCAAUCCUUCAGAACUCUUUUACGAGGUUAAAGCGCUCGUUGCAGACAUGCUUGCCAAGCUUUAG